UCUUCAGAUCACGCAUGUCCGGGCUUACCCGAGUACUCUCCCGAUUCUCAUCUAGACGGCUCGCAACAUCAACGCAAGAUCCACAUGCGAUAUGGAAAGAGAUUAAUCGUCUUGCUAGUGAAGGAAAAUGGGACAAUCUGAACAAUCAGCCAAAAAUGUUCAUGUUUGGCAAAGCGAAAAGGGAGGCUUAUGCUGCCUAUAAUGCGAUCAAUACUAAGUCGGACAUCUGGUCUUCAUCUCCAUACGGUCAGAUUGGGAAAGGUCUUUUCCGUGUUGCUGCAUUUGUAUUGACUGUGCAGGUGUGUGUUUGGAUAUAUGAGUUUGCUGUGCCGGAGGAACAUCGAUUGCACUAUAAAUAUCGAUCAAAACAUGGACAUGGGCAUGAAGAACAGCCACACCAUUAGGAAAAUGGCGAUCUGUAGUAAAUAGUUCACGAGUUGUAAAUUUUCUAGAUUACUAUGAAGCAAACUUCUAUUUCGCGAGUGUUUACAGCAUUGCUGGAUCUAUCAGUUGCUCUUGUUCCAUGUCAGGGUGUUCGCUUACUAACGAAAGUACGCAUCGCCUACUUUCGCUAGUAAGCGAAAGGUGCGUUUUCCAAAACCUUAAAAAUUGAAUUUGGACGAGUCGGACAGUUCCCUCCAAGGCUGAGAGGCAGAG